GUUAUUAUCGGCAAAUAUCGAACAAUGAACGAACAAUGAAACCAAAGAUUUAAAAAGAACAAAAGAAAAUACGUUGCAAAUUUAUUAAUUAGAGUGCAACCGAUUGGUUCAUUAACGGCUUCUAACGGAACACGUGUAUUUGAAAUUUAAGGAUUUCAUUGGCAACGGAUACAAUAAUAAAUCAAGAGAAUUGGAUUUUUUAAAAAUCUCAUCACGUAAUGGUUUCAAGGUUUCAAAAAUAGAGAAUUUUUAAUAGAAAUAUUUUAAACGUAAAUCGUUCGAAAGAAAAAUACAAUGAAUUUUUAUUUUAAUUAACGAGAGUUAACGCUUGCUUAAAUGGAGGAGCAUGUUUCGAAAAUCAUGAUAUAAGUGAUCUGGAAAUGACUGAGUGAUUAUUUGGAUAACACAAGUCUCGGCAACACGUUGAGAUUGUAUAAAGAAAAAGCACUUGAGUUCGAUGCUUAUAUUCCGCUCUCACGCGAUAUUAAUCGUAGAGGAGCAACGUUUAACCAUUUCAUUCUACUGUUUCAUACACGAAAUAAAAUUACCGCUCUUCCGUUUUGUCUUGCAUGGCUUCCUACAUAAUUUUCCUUUAUCCAAUGUCCGAGUAAACAGACAGAUUUUUAACGAAAGAGUUGAUCCUACAGAACGCUUGUUAAUUGUUACCUGAAGACACAUACAUAUAACAUUUAUUAUCUGAUAUUACGUAAUUAUUUUAUAUUACAAAAAGCAAAUGAAGAGAAACUUCAUUUAAAAACAUUUAUUUAAAUUUUGAAAACAAGGCAUUCUCUAACGGAAGCAAAUUAACGUGAGAGUGACAUGUCCAUAUGCACUCGUAUUAUACUAGUUUUAUCUACUAGGUAUACUAUAGUUUAGAGAUUUCAUACGUAAACUAAACCAAGUGGAAACGGUUAUAAUGAAAUUUAAAGAUAGUUUUAUUUCGUAUAAAAUAUCACACGAUAUACUGAUCUACAAAUUUAUCGUUCGCUAUACAAACGUUAAAAUAACAAGUUUAAAUUUGUCACAAACUUAACGACUCACCAAAACACCAAACUCAAAACAAAGCGUAUCGACAAGGAUGCUACGAAAUACUUGGAAAUAGGUGGUCCGACGUUUCGUCUCACGACGAAGACUCUCGUGUCAAUAUCCCGGCGAAAUUCAAUGAUAUCCGAACAAGGCGUGCUCGUCUUGCGUUGCAAGAAUACAAGCAACCAGAAGAUCAUGGUACGAGAGUAAGAGAGGGAGACAGAGAGAGAGAGAGAGAGUAAAGGCGAUACUACGGUGGCACUCGUGGGGUGGCGUUGGGUUUUAAAGGGUGGGAAGGAUACAAUAUUUCAGAGUGGCGACAAGGAGCAAGCCUGCUUGCCACUGGCAAAUUAAUUAAAUUCCUAGAGGCUGGCUGGAAAGGCUAAGGGGUUGGUUGGCGAACCGGGCAAGAGUCCUGUGUUCAGCUCGUGGGAAUAUUGUAAUUAAGAUAUGCACUUCCACCCUCCCAUUUUACCCAUUGCAGUUUCCACACUCCAUCCUCUCACUUUUGCCGCGGUGGAUGAUUUACGCUUCGAAGGACGCGGUAUUGUCUGUUUCGACCGUUUCUAAAUUGCAUCCUAUUAUGGUUUGAGGCUCGAGGUUGACGCGCCACCGAGAUUCUACUUCCUCUUACGGCCCGCUGCUUCAAAUUACUCCACUCUGAUUGACGCUUAAUGCUUCUGUUUAUAUUGUGCGGUGUAUACAUAUGGAAAUGGGUUGAGCGUGCACGCGAAAUAAGGGUCGAAACACGCCGGGGGUUUCGUAGAUUUGUAAAAUGGAACGAUGGCCGAACCAGAUGUUCUCGUAUUGUCCCUACAUUGCUGGAAUUCCUAUUUCUUCCUUUUUUUUGCAUUGUCGUGAUGUAUUUUUUUUUUGGUCUCCUUAUCCUUUGCUUUCUUUUUGAACUGAAAUCUCAUUUUCGGUACGUGUACUUUGUUUGUUCUUUUUAUUAUUGGAAUACUUAGCUCGGUGUCGUCGUGCUAUUUUCACGUCAAUAUUUUUAAAUCGUUUUUUUUUUUUACUGUCGAAACUUCUCCUACCUGUUCUCGUAUUGUAUCUUUAUCGCUGAAAUCAAUUUUACUUGUUUAUGUAUUCCCGAGCUGUAUUUUUGCUACUGGAGUUCGCCGUUUCGAAAGUUGUAUUUCUGCCUUGUUGCAUCCGCGAGUGUGGAAAACGUUUCAAAGUUUCAAUUUCAUCAUGCUAGAGUACCAUACGAAGGUAUUGCCGAAAGAAAAAAGCGGGAUUGAUGGAUUAUUUUCCACACUGCGCUGGAUUGGACACUCUCCACGCAAGUAGUUGGAAUCGGAACUGGUCAAGAAUGAUUUCAGAGAAAAUGUUCAUACAUUAGCGAUCACGUUACCAUUGAUCGAUCACAGGCUAAACGUUAGUAGCAUAAAGCAGCUUUGAGUACUUUGGUAAUCGCAUAAGAACAAAAAAAAGGCUUAGGGAAUUAGUUUUACCUAAAAUUACGAUCACUUAGGAUCACGGCAAGUGGUAGUUCUGUAUUGGAUUUUAUUAAUAAAUUGGAAAAGUUCGAAACUCAGAAGUAUCUUUGUACGUGUUUGUCAAAACACGUCGGUCGGACACUCGACUGUUUUUUUACAAAAUAAACGGUGGUGUUUUUUCAAAGUUUAAUCCCACAAAGCAAUAUUAAAACGUGGCAGAUUAGCAUAGUGUAUACAGUCUACGCGACGAAAAAAACGGAAAAGAAAAAAUAUUCGUUCUCUCCCCUUGCGUAUGGAAAUGCGAUGAAAUUUUCCUCCGUGAAUCACCGAGACCGGCGUGAUCACUGUUUUUCAAUAUUACCAGAACAUCGCUGUUAUUCACUUUGUGUUUUCAGUGAAAUUUCAAUCUGCGUCGCUUCUUUUUUUCUAUGUAUAUUCCCCAUAUCUUACCACGUUUCUCUUUAUUUUGCUGCUUUUCAAAUAUUUAUUCAGACAUCGAUAUACAGCAGCCCAUAAAAAUAUUCGUACACUGGUAGAAAUUUUCUGCGAGUAUAUAGUGCGUUCUACGAUGUUUCGUCAUUUUGACGAUCAUUACAUGACAUUAUUGCUCAUAGAAGGUACGAAAUAUUUAACGCAAUAUUUAGCGCAAUGAUUAGACAAGAAUUUAAGCUGUGAAUUAUUCUUUAUAUUAAUAAGCCUCGAUAUUCAACGAGAUCUUAUUUUUGAAAUAUUCAAGCAAAUGAGAGAAGUGUAUAUUUAAUCCCAAAAUUAAACGGGAAAAGAAUUUUGUUUAAAUGGGAUUGAUUGUUAAUGUCCUUAAAGAAAAAUUCUACACCUUCUCUUUUGUAUAUCCGUGACCCGGAGACCGCUGUUGCGAAGAGAAUAGAAUUUAGUGAAAAACAUUCAAAAUAAAGAGAGAUCCAUAUUAUUGUGCUCUUGAAUAUAAAUUUUGUUUUAGAUUACAAAGUCCAGAAACAAAAGAGCUUUCUAUUGCUGUUUCUUGUAACCUUCAGCUAGAGCUACACAACAAGUUACACUUGUGUUGUCGUUUGCUAUAAAUAUAUGAACGUGCUCCCUAUCAUACCUUCUUCCUGUUGUAUUGUAACACUGUAAGAGUGAUCUGGAUCAGCAUAUACUAUACCUGUACUUAUUUCAAUAUAUUUUUCUAUUACAAAUUUAUCCAUUCGUUCCUCUAUCAGUCAAUCUCAACAGUCCUAACUCUACAAGUUGCUUUAAAAAAGCGACUUACUAUGUUUCUGCCCUAUGCUCUUUAUACUUAAGACGACUAUUCAUUUUUACAGGAAAUUAUAUUUAGGAAUUAUAUUUCAAAUUUUAUCGAAUUUUAAUCACGACGUGUAUGUAAACAAUUUCCUAUGCUAAGUAUUCGAAUACUUUCAGCGGGCGACUGUAUAUUUUUACGCAAAACGAGACUCUAUCACGGAUACGUAUUAAAUGUAGAAAUGUCAACGGAACGUCCAGAUAGGUUACAAAAUUCUUCGUUUUGACCGCGCGUAUUUCCAUAAACAAAUGACAGGUUUCUGUAGUCUCGUGUCGUGUCGUAAAAAAAUCGAUCCACAAGCCGUGGUGUCCGAUGGGAUCCGGUGUCCGACCGAUUUUUAUAGAAUUAAAGAACGGAAAAGAAAAGCUCGAUUAAACGAUGUUUUCCGUCGAUAUCGCGAGCCACAGAGCGAUGAAGAUGUCCAGGCCUGAGAAACCGGUCGAGAUUUUAGCCUUUUCAUAGAGCGAAAACGAGAUUCACUAAGUUUACCAUGGCGAGCAUCUACGCUCUGUUUCUCACUUUGAUCCUUGUGUUUUCUAUCGCCGUUCAGCUCCAAAUGUUAAUCGCAGAUCCAAAGAAGCUAUGCACGAUUUUCCAUUACUACGCGACCAACGCGGAAGAUUCCAACAAAUCAUCCGUCCGUAACAUACUGCAACACUAUUCCAAAGAACCUAACGUCUUCAGCGUUCCCAGCUCCGAUUCCAAGAUAUCGUUGACCAACCUGAGAACUGUUUCAUCUUGGCCAGUGAUACCGAACCAAACGCUAUCGAUCCCUAACCCAACGGUCAAGAUAGAAUCUAGAAAUUCGAAGGAAGCUGAGCCGAAUGUGGUCGCGAAAUAUUCGUCCACGUUCGUGAAAACCGAUCAAGUUUUACCUGUCGUUGACAUCACAUGGGAUUACAAUUCGUAUCGAUUCAAAACGUUUGAGUCGUGCUUACGAAAUUGUUACGGGGAUAGGUAUCCACCAGGUGAAGUGGUGUUGAACUCGAUGCAGCUGAAUCUGUUGGAUUCUCACACGAACGUCCCGAUGAACGUUGCCGGUCUAUUCGAUUUCAUGAAAGAAGAGAGCGAACCGCGUUUGAACACCGUGUCGAGAAAGCUGGAAAUUGAGUAUCUUAAUCCGUUGGAUCACUUUGUGACGAAACAACCUGGUAGACCGGAGACUGUGGAGAGAUUCACGGAAACGGAUGAGCAGGAUCGGUGGUACAAUACAGCCAAGAGCCAACAGGAGGACGCUAUCGGGCCCGUAAUCACCGGCCGAGAAAAGAAUCAGCCGAAUCGAAGAUCCUCCAGGAAGAUCGAGGCCCCUUGCAAAUGCUAUUUGUCCUCGUCUCGGCGUGUUUGCGGGACGAAUGACUCUUGAUCGGGAAGAAACCCUCUAGAAACGAUUGGGGAACACGGUCGCUGGCUGUUGCCAGGGGCAUCGAUUAGGGCAACUAGCCUGAUUGAGAAGAAAAGUUGGCGAGAAAUAUUUGUCGCGAAAUUAUCGCUGCUUCUUUCUUAUUCUACGAAGAAUUCUACGAGUUUCUUCUUUUUUUUAUAUUUUAUUCUGACCCGUGGAUGAGAGAGAAGGUUCAAGGGAUUUUUGAGAUCUCGCCGAGGGAAUUUUAUAAUUUACGGCUUAUAAUUUACCGCGUGCAGGAUACUUGUUUCAUAGUACUAGUAUUUUUAUACAAGGCUUUGUUUAAAGAUCUUUCUCUGGAAAUAUUAGUCUAAGUAACUUAGACGAAUAAAUUUCUGGCUACAGAAUGCGAUUUUUCUAGCGAUUCUUCCGAGUUCUAUCGAUUCUCUAAGCGUUGCUCGUAGGUAAUCAGGAUAAGUUAAUCCUUAUUUAUGGAUCAUUGUCGUUUCGAGCGUCGAAUAUUUUAUUCGGUGAAAAGCCCGUUUAUUUCUAGGCGAUAGCUAAAACUUAAAAGAUAAAAUUUGAUAGAGUAGUAACGCAAGGCCAUAUCCAAGUAGGUUAACGAUUCAGAUCUUCUGUAUAUAUAUAAUAGAAAUUAGAAGUAAAUAUCUGAAAUCAAAUUACGAAAUAAUCUUAUAACUAUCUAAUAACCAAAGAUAUUAGUUCAAGGUUAAUUAGAUUGUUAUACAUCUGUUCAAUCAACGUGAUUAAGUUAUACAGUAUCGGGGUUGAUAUCGUUUUAGCACUGGCAGAGAGUACGAGGUUUGGUAGCCGGAAUCAACGUCAACCGUGACAAUGAUGUUUGUAUCCGCUAUUGACAGAUAUACAAGGGUCACGUGUGUAUGUAUUUCGGUCUCGUCGAAGCUCCGUUUUAAAUAGAAAUCGAUAAUGGGUAAUAAGGAUUGGAUAGGGAGGGAGCUUCCACAGGAUAGCUUCCUAGGAAUUGCGUCUAUUUAUUGAUCGUCCGCUGUAUCGGAAUAUUCAGACGAACCAUGGCCUCUAUCCACUUUUGGCUCGUCUUGCCCUUAUUCCUUAUUUUUCUUGUCGUCCUUGAACGCGUGUCUCUAUUCUCUCGUAGCCAAUAAUUUCAAGGAGUUCAGUAAUACCGAAAUAACAAUAAAAUAUAUGAUUAUUGAUGAUCUAAAAAUUGUAUAGUAUAGGACAGAAUUGUGAGAAUUCAAUUUUAAUGCUGGAAGUAUCGAUGAUAUUGUAUUGGGUUGUGACAUAAAUUCGUAUACAUACAUGUACUAUAUAAUUACACAUGUAUUAAAUAUAUUCAUAUAUUAGUUGGUAUACAUAUAUUAUCUAUACAUAUAUUAUAAUAAAUAGUAGUAGUAGUGAAUUAAUUCAUUUCAGCUUAUUAGCCCAGAAAGUGGACUUGGUUACAUAGGUUGCUUCCGUAACUCGUACUGUUAUCGAACCUGCUUUAGAUAAUUAUUUCUUUGGUUUGUAUUCUAAAACCGUUUCUGCUUCGCUAUAAAGCAUUAUCGUUCCUUAAAACUACCUUAAACUAUUUCAUUGGCUUCACACUUUGCGCAGCUUCCUUUGCCCAUCUCCUCUCUGCCUCUUUUCCUCAUUUUUAUCUUUUUUAGUCAUUCCGCUUUUCGCUCCUCCAUUAGUAUUUCUUCCACGCUUAUGUUUGUUCUAUCAAUUCUUUUGCAUAUCUACUAUAUGUUCAAAUGCCUUUUUGUUGGUUUUACAAAAUAAGCAUCUCUUCUCCUUUUUACUCACCCAAAAUCUACAUGCAUUCUCCAAGUUGCUAUACCUUGUUCUUCUUAGUAGCUUUUGCUCCCUAGCUUCCGUUUCUACUUUAAUAUUUUGGUACACUUCCUAUGGCUAUUCUCCUAUAUUUUCUUCGUAUAUUCUUGUAUUCCAGUUCACCGCUUCUCUCUUUGUACCUUUGUACACCCUGCUCCUUAGAACCUCACCUUCAUCUCCUACCUCUCCAUCUUUUUUUCUCUUUUUCUUUCUUCCAUAAUUUCUCUACUCCUUCUUGACUUUACCCACAUUCUUUGAAGUGUUCUAACCUUUCAUAUUGCAAUAAAUAUAAGAACAGGAUGAAUUUAUGUUACGACUGAAUAGUACGAAGUUUGUGUAUACUUGUACAUGUUAUAUAUAUAGAAAUUGCAAUGAAUGUCAUAUGAGAAAAUAUUAGGGUUGUAACAUAUGUAAGUCUCCAUUUCUCCGUUUCGAAUAAUAAAUAGAAAUACAGGACGAAUUUAUGUUACAACCCAACACUUUUAUUGAUCAAGCUGUCACGUUUGGAUGAUUCGUUCCAACUGUUUCACGAUGGCAAGCCGUUGGUCGAAGAUGAGAAUUAAUUGCGCCGGGAAAACGAUCAUCUGUCAAGAAAUCGAAAGGAAAGGGCCGGGAGAUAGAUCAGUUGUAAGAGGGAAAAGCGUAGCUUUCCUAGCUGUGCUAUUAGCUCUUAAGCUAAGCCGGAAAUUCCAGACCGGAAACCGGCAGUCGCAGCUUGGCUGGAUACAGUGAGGCAAAACAAAAAGAUCAAAGAGAGACAGAGAUAUAGAGAGAGAAGUGCAAAGAAGAAGGAGAGAGAGAGAGAGAGGGUGAAAGAUGGAAGGUUAAGUUGCGCGAGGAAAGAAGAGGAUUUAUCGUGGAUCCAGCAUCGAACGCGUACUCUCAUGUGGCCGAAAUGCCGAUAGUUUGUUUAACGCCUCCUAUGGACAUUCUGAGAAGGAUUCAAUUAAAGCCAGUCUUCAUUAUUGUCGCUCUAAGAAACCUACUUUCUUCUGCAUCGCUGAUUACGUUAUCGUCAUUUUUCUGUUCCGAGCAAAUGGCAGAAAUUUUUCUUGUCGCGAUUGAAGGAAUAAGAAAUAGGGAAUGAUGUGCUUCAAAGUAAAAAGGUAUUAGUGGACUGCGAAUAUUUACGCAAGUUCAUACUUUUUAUAAAUACGAUUGAAGCGAUCGAAUCUAAACAGAUAGUAUCCUUUUUGUUUACGUUGGAAAUAAUUUAUUGGGAAGUUAUAAAUUGUUUAUGGGAUUGUUAUAAUCUGCGAAAUUACACGUGGCGUGUAAAAACGAGGGAAGACAACAGUACUGUAACAAAGAAAGGAAUAUAUAAUGGAGAAACCAUUAAUUUUUUGCCGCAGUACUCUGACCGACACUCUAUGCGAAAUAAUCACGUUGUGAAAUACGUGUAAAUAUUGAAACUUUGGCUUUUUGUACAAGUAUCGACAAUGUAUCAAAAUAUCUACA